UCCAGGUUGGGUCGGACCUGAGCCCCAGAAGCGGCACCGCCUCCCGCCCCGCUGCCCGCGGGGAGCAGAGUCGCCGGCGGUGGUGGCGGCGGCGGACCUGUGACUUCGCUCUCGUGCUGGAUGGAGCUGAACUUUGUGCAGCGGGAGCAGCGCGGCUGUCCGAUCCUCGCCGCCUACUGAGCUCCGGCCGACCCCGCGCGCCUGGCGGUUCUGGGCGGGCAGCAGCUGCGCGCCGGCACCAUGAUCCUGGCCACCCUGUACUUCGCGAUGCCGCUCCUGGACAUGCUCCUGUCGGCGGAGGUGAGCGGUGGUGACCGCCUGGACUGUGUGAAAGCCAACGACCAGUGCCUGAAGGAGCAGAGCUGCAGCACCAAGUACCGCACGCUGAGACAGUGCGUGGCGGGCAAGGAGACCAACUUCAGCCUGGCGUCCGGCCUGGAGGCCAAGGACGAAUGCCGCAGCGCCAUGGAGGCGCUCAAACAGAAGUCCCUCUACAACUGUCGCUGCAAACGGGGCAUGAAGAAGGAAAAGAACUGCCUUCGCAUCUACUGGAGCAUGUACCAAAGCCUGCAGGGCAACGAUUUGCUGGAAGAUUCCCCAUAUGAGCCCGUUAACAGCAGAUUGUCCGAUAUCUUCCGGGUGGUCCCGUUUAUGCCAGUGGAGCACAUCCCCAAGGGGAACAACUGCCUAGACGCCGCCAAGGCCUGCAACCUGGACGACACCUGCAAGAAGUACAGGUCCGCGUACAUCACCCCGUGCACCACCAGCAUGUCCAACGAAGUGUGCAACCGCCGUAAGUGCCACAAGGCGCUCCGGCAGUUCUUCGACAAGGUCCCUGCCAAGCACAGCUACGGGAUGCUCUUCUGCUCCUGCCGGGACGUGGCGUGCACCGAGCGCCGGCGGCAGACCAUCGUGCCCGUGUGCUCCUACGAGGAGCGGGAAAAGCCCAACUGCCUGAACCUGCAGGACUCCUGCAAGACCAAUUACAUCUGCAGGUCUCGCCUUGCAGAUUUUUUUACCAACUGCCAGCCAGAGUCAAGGUCUGUCAGCAGCUGUCUGAAGGAGAACUACGCUGACUGCCUCCUCGCCUACUCGGGGCUUAUCGGCACUGUCAUGACCCCCAACUACAUUGACUCCAGCAGCCUCAGCGUGGCCCCAUGGUGUGACUGCAGCAACAGUGGGAACGACUUUGAAGAGUGCCUGAAGUUUCUGAAUUUCUUCAAGGAUAAUACAUGUCUUAAAAAUGCAAUCCAAGCCUUUGGCAACGGCUCCGAUGUGACUGUGUGGCAGCCAGCCCUCCCAGUGCAGACCACCACUGCCACCACCACCACGGCCUUCCGGGUCAAGAACAAGCUUCUGGGGCCCGCGGGGUCAGAGAAUGAAAUCCCCACUCACAUGCUACCACCAUGUGCAAAUUUACAGGCGCAGAAGCUGAAAUCCAACGUCUCAGGCAGCACACACCUCUGCCUUUCUGAUCGUGAUUAUGACAAGGAUGGUCUCGCUGGAGCUUCCAGCCACAUAACCACAAAAUCGAUGGCUGCUCCUCCAAGCUGCACCCUGCACCCACUGCUGGUUCUGGUGGUCACAGCCCUGUCCACUCUGUUACCUUUAUCGUUGGCAGGAACAUCGUAGCUGCAUUUCCAAGGCCACGUGGACGUGUAAAAA